AUGGGGAAUAACGGAGUACAUGGAGGACCUGGAUGUGAAUACUGCAGAAUAACCAGAGCUGAUGUCAAGACAGCUCUGGGCUUUAACUCUUUUAAAGAGUUUGGAAGCUGUAUUCCCUGGCCAUGUUUUGAGUUGCUAGGAAAAAAAGACCCACAAAUCUGUCAGCACUACGUCCACGGUCCAAAUAAUGUGGAGGUUGAAUUUGUAAAUGAACCAAAUUCAGAAUCUGACACCAUAGUUGUCUCCUGGAAGCCCAGCUACUAUGGGAUCGCCUUCCUGCGAGGCUUUCAGGUGUCACUCCAGGCUCUGGGAGGGUCAAGUUUUGCCUGUCAGCUAUUCCUCUUCCACCGUAACCUCUCCCUGCCUGCUUCACAAUCCAAAAGGGUGUACAAGUCGGACCCUUUCCCCGGCCUCCCCCUGGGAUCCCAGUAUGCUGUUACUGUCAUGGCCCUGCCGGUGCCUGAGGAGUGGGAGAGGUUCUACCGCAGCAGGAACUUCUCCUCACGCUCAUGUGCGGAAAAGAAUGGUCUUGAGAAGUGCAAAAAAGAUUGGUACCCCAAACACAUCGAGGUGCAACAGGAAGGGACUGCCAUCACCGUGACCUUUAAUCUGGCUCCUCCACAGCUGGGCAUCAGGAGCUACUUCUCCCUGUGUUAUGCUAACAGCAUGAAGAAAUACACCGACAUCUCUCCUAAUUUCAAGAAAAACAAAACUCACCACAGCUUUCAGAUGAAUGACCUUCAAGAAGGAACCAAUUACACUUGUGAGAUUGCAGCUGACCAAAUGGACGCAGUAAGGAAAACCUUCAAAGUUCAGGUGUUGGACUUCCUCAAAGCAGUUUCAACACCUCACUCUGUGAGUCCCUCAUUGGCUCUGAUGCUCCCACUGGGCCUGUCUGUGGCAGCCAUAUUUGUAGUCCUAGUGGCUGCUCUCAUCUGGAAGACCAGGCUGCAGAUGAAGAAAGUGUACAUUAAACCAGAAAUAAUAAGGCAGCAAGAAGAGAGCGGCACUCAAGAGGGAGUGAUGCCUCUGCCCAGAAACAGGCCGACCCCUCCUCGUCUUCUGAUUUGCUACAGCAGCUGUGACGGCCCCGCCCAUGUUAAAGCCGUCAUGCAGUUAGGGGCCUUCAUACAGCAGCACAUGGCCACUCAGGUGUGCCAUGACCUGUGGGACUCUCCUUCGAGCGGGCUGAUUGACGGGACGCAUGCCUGCCGCACUGCCCGGCAGAUCCCUAGGGAGAGCAGUGACUUCAUGCUUGCUGAUAUGUUCCUGGGGCCUGAACCGCAGGGCAGUGAAGAAGACGGGGGCAGACGACAAGGACCUCCACUAUGGCUCUAA